AGCAAGAGGGGAAGAGUAUUUUGGGAGGGGAAGGAGGAGGAGAGAGGAUAAUAGCCGGGAGAGCGAGGAACGAGGGAAGCAGGGCAGCUUUGUUCAGCAAGGACAUUUCUCUCCCCGUUUGGCUGUGGAGUGGCAUGGCACGGAUCGCCGAGCUCUUGAAGGAAGACUGAGCAUUAAGGGAGACGGGGAGCAGAGGAAAACCGAGGGGGAAAUAACUGGAUACAGAAAAUAUAUCUCUAACCAAGCGGCUGCGGGUAGACAAUAUAUCUCGAACCAAGCUGACUGCGGCACACGGUUUGUGUAGGGUGGAAAGAGGGGGCAAGAGUGAUUGAGGGCUCUGCAGGCUGCAAGAAAGUCUUGCUCAUCCGGCCAGCCUUUCCGAAGGAGGGUGGGAGUGAGGGAGUGAGGGAGGGAGGGAAAGUGUCCGGUAGCGAGAGGCAGGGGGUAGGUGGAGCUGCGCCCUCGCACACACACACACACACGGGGAGCAGAGCAAGCCGGAGCCUGCAUCCGUAUGGCAGCUUGCGUGGACCUCUCGGUGCCCCUUCAGCAGCGGACAGGGAGCCUCGCACAGUGAAGAGCCGCCGCCGCCGCCGCCGCCUUUACCCGCUGUGCGCAGUCCCGGGGAGCCAGCGAAGGGAGGGAGGAAGGGAGGGAGUGAAGAGACGCGGAGAGGGGGGCAAUGGAGCCCCGUCGCGCCUUUCUUUGAUCGGUGGACGCCCGCCUGCUCGGUGUACGGACGGGAUUUCUCUCGCUCUUUCUCUGCUGCCAUCUCCGCCGCCGCCGACUCCCGAACCAAGGUCCCUACCCAACAAGGCUCGUCUUCCGACAGGAGAACUCAGCUUAAUCUCUGUGGUGCUUCUCAUCCAUCCCAAGACUAAUUUACUUAAGUUGCUAAGGAAUUGAUUUGGUGUUGACCUUUCUGCGUGGUCACUUCACUCAGUUGGGAUUAAGACCUGCAGUCGGUGAAUGCUGAGUGUGAAGUACUGACAGAAUGCCGGGGGGGAGCAGCAAAUCCUGCACGUUACCCAGAAACGUUGCCUACCCUUGUCCAGUUGAGCUUCACCAAAUGAUCAUGUGGAUGCAGUGCUUCCUGAUCAUGCUCUUCAGCUCAGCUGCAGUAACUGCCUUUAGCCGAGCUCCGGUGCCAAUGGCUGUGGUGAGAAGGGAACUGUCCUGUGAGAGCUACCCAAUUGAACUUCGCUGCCCUGGAACUGAUGUCAUUAUGAUUGAAAGUGCUAAUUAUGGAAGGACUGAUGAUAAAAUCUGCGAUGCUGACCAAGCCCAGAUGGAAAACAUCCGAUGCUUCUUGCCAGAUGCCUAUAAGAUAAUGUCACAAAGGUGUAAUAAUCGAACCCAAUGUGCCGUAGUUGCUGGUCCUGAUGUGUUUCCAGAUCCUUGCCCAGGGACAUACAAGUACCUGGAAGUUCAGUAUGAGUGUGUCCCAUACAAAGUGGAUCAGAAAGUUUUCUUAUGCCCCGGAACACUUCAAGCAGUUUAUCAGAUGGACCACUUGUUUGAGUCCGAUCACCAGUCUGGGGCCUGGUGCAAAGACCCACUUCAAGCUUCGGACAAGGUCUACUACAUGCCGUGGACUCCCUACAGGACAGACACACUGACGGAAUACUCUUCAAUGGGCGACUUCAUUGCGGGACGGCCCACCAUCACCUACAAGCUUCCUCACCGAGUGGACGGAACGGGCUUCGUGGUGUAUGACGGCGCGCUGUUCUUCAACAAAGAGCGAACGCGAAACAUCGUGAAGUUUGACCUCAGGACUAGGAUCAAGAGUGGGGAGGCCAUCAUAGCCAGCGCCAAUUACCACGACACCUCCCCUUACCGAUGGGGAGGGAAGUCCGACAUUGAUCUUGCGGUGGACGAAAACGGGUUAUGGGUCAUCUAUGCAACAGAGCAGAACAAUGGCAAAAUAGUAAUUAGCCAGUUAAAUCCUUACACUUUGCGGAUUGAAGGAACUUGGAAUACUGCCUAUGAUAAGAGGUCAGCUUCAAAUGCCUUCAUGAUUUGUGGCGUUCUCUACGUGGUGAAAUCUGUGUAUGAAGAUGACGACAAUGAGGCCACUGGGAAUAAGAUAGACUAUAUCUAUAACACCGAGUUAAGUAUGGAAGGAAGUAUUGACAUCAUCUUUCCCAACUCCUACCAGUACAUUGCAGCAGUGGAUUACAAUCCGAGAGACCAUAAGCUCUAUGUGUGGAAUAAUUACCACGUCCUGAAAUACUCACUGGAGUUCGGUCUACUCAAUGAACAAGAACCAACAUCUUCCUCAUUUGUCAUGGAAGCUACCAAAAGAUUCAACGUUGUGAUGUCCAGUCCCACAACCACAACUGUUCCUGCUUCAGGAAGGAGAGCCAAGGCGACCAUAACGGUGGCACCCGAGAUCCCUCUGUUAAUUCACAGGACCACCAUGAAGACACCAAAAGUAUCCCAGCCCCCUCCGGAGAUUCCAGAGUGCUGUGAAUCUACAGACAAGCGAGACAUAUCUUGGCCCAAAACCCAGCCAGGCGAGACCACGAAGAGACCAUGUCCUCUCGGAACAGUGGGUAUGGCGGUCUAUGCUUGCUUGUCACCUGGAGGAUACUGGGAUCCGUUGGGUCCGGAUCUGAGUAACUGCAGCUCUCCAUGGAUAAACCUGCUGUCUCAGAAAGUUCGAUCUGGUGAGACUGCGGCCAACAUCGCUCGAGAGCUCGCAGAGCAGACGAAAAGCCUGAUUCACGCGGGGGAUAUUUUGUUCUCUGUAAAGCUCAUGGAACAAUUAGUGGAUUUGCUCAACCGGCAACUUCGUAACCUCACUCCGGGUGGGAAAGACAGUGCCGCCCGGAGCCUUAACAAGCUGCAGAAACGAGAGCGAUCUUGCAGGGCCUACAUUCAGGCUAUGGUGGAGACGGUCAACAAUCUCUUGCAGCCACAAGCUCUGGAUGCUUGGAAAGACCUGAUGACAAAUGACCAGUUGCGAGCAGCCACCAUGUUACUGGACACAGUGGAACAGGGGGCCUUUGUCCUGGCAGACAAUCUACUCAAGACAGACGUGGUCCGAGAAAACACAGAAAAUAUACUUUUGGAGGUUGCCCGUUUAAGCACAGAUGGAUCUUUAGAAGAUUUGCAGUUUCCACAAAACGGCAUAAAUGGGAACUCAAUCCAGCUCUCAGCAAGUACUCUGAAAAAGAAUGGCCGCAAUGGUGAGAUAAGGUUGGCAUUCGUCCUCUACAAUAACCUGGGAAGCUACCUUUCUACAGAGAAUGCCAGCUUCAAACUCGGAAGUGAGGCGAUGUCAACCAAUCACACUGUCAUAGUCAACUCGCAAGUUGUCUCUGCAUCAAUCAACAAAGAAAGCAACCGCAUCUACUUGGCAGCGCCCGUCAUUUUCACCUUAAAACACAUCGAUCUGCAAAACAAUUUUAAUCCAAACUGUUCGUUCUGGAGCUACUCCAAACGCACCAUGAUGGGAUACUGGUCCACGCAGGGCUGCAGAAUGCUGGGGUCAAACAGAACCCACACUACCUGCUCCUGCAACCAUCUGACCAACUUCGCAGUCCUCAUGGCACACAAAGACAUCAAGUUUAGUGACCCUGUACAUGAACUACUGCUGGAGGUUAUCACCUGGGUCGGGAUCCUGAUAUCACUCGUCUGCCUGCUGAUCUGCAUCUUCACCUUCUGUUUCUUUCACGGACUUCAGAGUGACCGAAACACCAUUCACAAAAACCUCUGCAUCAGUCUUUUUGUAGCCGAGCUGCUUUUCCUAAUUGGAAUCAAUCGAACAGACCAACCGAUUGCCUGUGCUGUCUUUGCAGCUUUGCUUCACUUCUUCUUCCUGGCUGCUUUCACCUGGAUGUUUCUGGAGGGUGUUCAGCUCUACAUUAUGCUGGUGGAAGUCUUUGAAAGUGAGCACUCCCGCAGGAAGUACUUCUACCUGGUCGGCUACGGAGUACCUGCACUCAUUGUCGCCGUCUCAGCCGCCGUAGACUACCGCAGCUACGGAACGACAACAGCAUGCUGGUUGAGACUAGACACAUACUUCAUUUGGAGCUUUAUAGGGCCUGCCACCUUGAUUAUUAUGUUGAAUGUGAUCUUUCUUGGGAUUGCUCUUUACAAGAUGUUCCAUCACACAACUGUGCUGAAACCAGAAUCCAGCUGUUUAGACAAUAUCAAAUCAUGGGUCAUUGGUGCAAUAGCUCUCCUCUGCCUCCUCGGACUCACGUGGGCCUUUGGACUUAUGUUCAUCAACGAAAGCACUGUUAUCAUGGCAUAUCUCUUCACCAUUUUCAACUCACUGCAGGGAAUGUUUAUAUUCAUUUUCCACUGUGUCCUGCAGAAAAAGGUGAGGAAAGAAUACGGCAAAUGUUUCCGUACCCAGUGCUGCAGUCGGAAAAGCACGGACAGCUCCCUUGGGUCGGCAAAGACAUCUGGUGCUCGAACUCCUGGCCGCUACUCUACAGGCUCUCAAAGCCGAAUUCGAAGGAUGUGGAACGACACAGUUCGAAAGCAGUCCGAAUCUUCCUUCAUCACAGGAGAUAUCAACAGCUCUGCAUCAUUGAACAGAGAGGUGUUGCUGAACAAUGCCAGGGAUACAACUGUCAUGGAUACUCUACCACUGAAUGGUAACCAUGGCAACAGCUACAGCAUUGCCAGCGGAGAAUACCUGAGCGACUGCGUGCAAAUUAUCGACCGUGGCUACAACCACAACGAGACAGCCCUGGAGAAAAAGAUCCUGAAAGAACUCACUUCCAACUACAUCCCCUCCUAUCUCAACAACCACGAGCGUGCCAACGAACAGAACCGGAACCUCAUGAACAAGCUGGUGAACAACAUUGGGAACGGCAGCGAGGACGACGCAGUCGUUCUCGACGACGCCGCCUCGUUCAACCACGACGAGAGCCUUGGACUGGAGCUUAUCCGCGAGGAGUCGGACGCCCCCCUGUUGCCGCAGAGGGCGCAUUCGGUCGAGGGCCACCAGGCCCAACAUUACCCCAUUCGGAGGAGGAUCCCUCAGGAUCACAGCGAGAGCUUUUUUCCUUUGUUAACCAACGAGCACACGCAAGAACUGCAGUCGCCCAACAGGGAUUCUCUGUACACCAGUAUGCCUGCUUUGGCAGGUGUGCCCAUGGCAGAUGGUAGCGCCCCCCAGACCCAAAGCGCUGCCCCACCAACCAAAAGUAGCGAGGGUGAUGACGUGUAUUAUAAAAGUAUGCCGAAUCUGGGCUCCAGGAACCAUGAACAGCAACUUCUCAAUUACUACCAGCUGGGACGUGGAAGCAGUGAUGGAUUUAUAGUUCCUCCCAACAAAGAAUGCUCCUCGCCUGAAGGGAAUUCAAAGGGACCAUCGCACUUGGUCACCAGUCUAUAGGGGAAAACGGACUAACCCUGGACACCUUGUUCUGGUCUCCCAGACGCAAGUGAAAAAGAUCUGUGUAUGCUUGAAUCUAAAUGCUGUUCAUAUACUGCUGAACUACUUUGAGAUGUUUUUAUUCAGACCAACCUAGCAAGGCACUACAGGGGAAGCAGAUGAUAAAAUAAAUAGUCUGUUUUAAGGCAAAAACUAAAAUAAAAUAUUAUUGAACUGAUUGAGAGGGUUGGACGUGUAUAUUGAAAUGGCAUUCGAUUUUGCUUCCUUCAAUAAUGCAAAGUUUUUAUCCUUUUUUCCCUUGUGUCUAUUUUCUCAAGGACUUCUAACUGAAGCUUGGUGUAGGUCAGUGUCCGCUGCCCUGGUGCAAGGCUAAGGAUUGCUUUCUUUUUUUUUUUCCUCUCUUUUUUGUUUUUAUUUUCACUGUAUAUCAAUUGUGGUCGUCUUUCACAGCGUAGAUGAGUCGCAGUGGGAAGAGCUGCGGAACUCCUCCGAUUUAAAGGAACCUGUCCAAAUCUCCAAGAAAGGGAACUAUUCGAAUCAUAUGCUAGACACAUGUUUAUGUUUUGCUGUAAUAAUUCUGAUUAUAAAACUAAUGAGAAUUUUGAGAGAGAAAAAAAAAUUCUAUGUACAGACACUCAGCAUUGCACAUAUAAUGUAGUAUGCUUUCCCCCCCCCCCCCCCCCCCCUCUGAAUUUAUAUCCCUGUUGGUGUAGUGAACAAGACAGUUUCUGUUGUGCUGGUCUUGCAAGUUUUGUCUUGCCAGUAGGAGCAGUGUUUUCCCCCCCAUAACUCUUUCUGUUGAGCUUUUAUUUGUCCUGGCAGUUCCUCCGAAGAACACGAUUUAUAAAGCUCAUUUUGAUAGUGAGGUGAUCACAACUACUAAGAGAAGAAAAAAAAGACGUUUUUUUAAAACUGUUCUAGGUUUUUUUUUUCUCUCGCUGUGUAUUUUGAAGUGAAGUCAUGUUUUUUUGCCAACAAAAAAAAAAUUAAAAACUUUAGAAUUUACAGCAGGUACAUUUUUGUUUACAAUGCACUAUGUUAUUUCCUAAAUGUGUUCAAGCAACAAAGGUCCACAACGGGAGCAAGGCACUCUGUUAGACACCAAGGAUUCUUGGUAGAAAAUAGUGGAACUCAUGCAUGUGGAGAAAUAAAAAGUAGAAACAUUUUUGUGUUAAAACUAGUCAAAGCACUAGGCACUUGUACCGUGGUGGUAAAAAUAUUGACUUAUUAAAAUGAAAGUUAUUUUGAAGUGAAAAAA